UUGACAAAAAAGGGGAGAAGAUGGCAUACCUUCACAUUGACUAUCUCACUAGAGUUGUAUAGUUGCACGUGGAUGACACUUCUGUUGUCCCCCUCGUGAAAGAGAAUCGCUACAUACAAUAGAGAGAUAGAGAGGAAGCUUGUGGAGUUGAAUGCAAAGGAGGAGGAAGAAGAACCUCGUGGAGUUCAAAGCUGAGUUGGUGGUGGAAUCUCGUGGUUGCAAAGAAGAAGCUCAUUGGUGGUGGAGUUGAACAAUGAGGAGGAAGAAGAAGGUAUAAUUUGAAAAGGGUAGUUUGUGAUUAUUUUAAAAUUGGGAGGUGCAGGAUGCGAAAAGGGAGGUGUAGUUUGAAGAAGAAGCUCAUGUGUUUUUUUUUUGCCCAUUACCGAAAAGUGAUGCAUGCAGGGUUUUAGUGUUGUAGAACCCUACACCAGUAGUGAGAGUGUGGAACCUUCGCUAACCCUAAAAUUUUCCGAUAACGAAAUGGCAUCCACCGCCGGCGCCGCCGCGAGAUCGAUUUUCCGUUCGUGUUCCUCUCGCCGCGCCGCGUUCCGUCUCGGCUCCGAAGCCAAAGCGGCUCGGUCUCCGUUCCGCGUCGCUUCCAACCAACCUCUCUCGCAAUCUACACUCAGGUGUCCCGUUGAAUUGAGCUUUUGUGUGGAAUCCAUGUUACCGUACCAUACUGCAACUGCUUCUGCUUUGAUGACUUCGAUGCUAUCCGUCUCUCGCCACAGCUACGGUUGGCUUCCUGAAGAUUGCAAUGAUGAUGUGUGAUAAGUGUUCUGAAGAUUGAAGCAAUCUUUUAUGUACAAAUCUGGUUCGUGAGACAGUGUUUUGACUGAGCCAUUGGAUGGACAAAUUGAGUCCCAAAGGCUGAAAGGAACUUUAAAAACCUAGAUCGCCUGACUUCUGUUCUUUCUUAUUUCAGAUGCAUAAAAGGCUGUCAUUUUAUUCACCCGGAUGUUAGAGUCUAAAGGCAAAAUAAGUUGAAAUUGUAUUGUGACGUUGGAUAAAGUAUUGUAAUGUCUAUCCUUGUUAUUAAAUUUCGUAUGGAAUCAACUAGGGAUUUUUAAGGAAUGCUGGAUUGCAGCAUCUAGCGAAAGUUCUUUAUUUCAACCAAUUGAUGCUUGUUAUGCAUCCUUCCCUUUUGACUAGUCUAAAUCCAUGAUUUCUGUCUAUCAAUUAUCCAAUUUCUUAUGGUAUAUAAGGUGUUAUAUUUGGUAUA